GUCUGUCCCGCUGCUGAGUGGGUGCUGUGUGUCUGGGUUGCUGUAGUGUUCGCUUGUAGUGCAACUAUCCUGUGUUAUCUUUAUUAUUCGAUGCCGCCUGCCUCUGCGGACCGUAGUGGGCACAUCUACACUGCAGCGGGGUGCCUUACCCAAAGCAGAUCGGAAUUGGGGCCGGGCGCGGUGGCUCGCGCCUGUAAUCCCAGCACUUUGGGAGGCCGAGGCGGGCGGAUCACUUGAGGUCAGGAGUUCGAGACCAGCCUGGCCAACAUGGUGAAACCCCGUCUCUACUAAAAAUACAAAAAUUAGCCGGGCAUGGUGGCGGGGACCUGUAAUCCUAGCUACUCGGAAGGCUGAGGCAGGAGAAUCGCUUGAACACGGGAGGCGGAGGUUGCGGUGAGCUGAGAUAGAGGCCCUGCACUCCAGCCAGGGCAACAAGAGCGAGACUCCGUCUCAAAAAAAACGAACAACAAAAAAAAGAACUGGAUGCGUCUGAUCUGACGCACGCCUGUUUGUUUACGUCUGCGGGGUGUGCCUUUGUCUAAGCAGAGAUAGUGUGUGGCUUCUGCGGGCUUAACGUGUGGCUCAGGAGGCAGUGGGCGUCUGCAUCACGUAUCCCGAUUGCGUCUUAUUCGAGUUUUGUUUUCUGAGUUAGAGGCGACAGGUGGUGGAGCGUUAGACACUGGGAAGCUCUGUGGCUUUUGUAUCCCUGAGCGCGAAGGUUAAUGAGGGAUCCGUGGGGUUGAGCUUGUCGGUACAGACGCCAGACAGCCCGAUUUACGGGAACAGCCGAUUAGAGGAUUCGGGAGAGCGGUCGGUGAACUUCUGGAUGUCUUUCGGGAGGGGAAGGCUCUAUGGUCGCGUGCAGAGCGCCCGUUCCACGUCAGGUACCCGACCAUAGAGCAAGGCGGCCGCGGACUACCCAAAGGAAGGGGAGGCCGUGUCCUUUACAAAUUGCUUCCCGUUGUUAGUCUAGUCUCUAUAGCCAAACCGUCGGGACUCUCUAAAGUCAAAAUUUUGCUUUUCCUAAAGGUCACCGGGUUCCUUCCAGAUUACCAACUGUGUAUCCACUUAAUCUCUAUUUCGUAUACUUCCUCCUACAGCGAAAUUUGUGAGGCCGUCCUCUGAAGCACGGCCAAUCUGGUGAACUUUUCCUAAAACGAGCCAUCUCUACCAGCUUUAGUGAGCUAAGACAAUAACUGCGAUUGGUGGGCAGAUUGUUUUGAAACCGCCCUAACGGCAAGGGGCGGGCUCCUGGUGAAUUCAUCUCUUUCCGGUUUCUUAAAGGCAACCGGAAGGAGGGGUUUCUGCCGACCCUCCAUUUGAUUGGUUCUAGUGGUUUUACCCGCUCGGACUCCUCAAGGGGCGGGAGAUGUAGACCAAUCGGAAUGUGUGUUAUAGAGACACUUAGUUUGAUGAAAGGACUGCGCAGGAAAGGCCGCGGGACGCUCAUUCUGAGAUCUCACCGUUGAUUGGUCCAAAUCGUUACUCCCUUAUUUUAAUUGGACCUUACGGCAGCCGGCGCGCGAGAGCUACCCAAUCAGCACGCGCUCCGCCUCCUGCCUUUUCCCGCCCUCCGCUCCGGCCUCGGCUUCGACGUAGGCCAACGCUUCCUCCCCGGUAGCUCCUAGGCCUUCUCGUGGCCGUUGUUUUGAAAACCGCGCUCUGAUUGGCUAGAUUUCUGGGCCCGCGCCCGUUGCCCCAUGCACUGACCAAUUGGCACUCAUGUUACAUCGGACGAGGCACGAGUCAGGGGGGAGGCGGUGGCGGCGGCCAUUUUGAGCCGCCGCCGCCAUUGGAGUGGGCCCCCCCCCUUUCCCCCUUCGCCUCCUGACAGGAAAGGUUUAAGGGGGACAGAGCCCUGGGAGGCCGGGCCGGGCUCGGGGGCCACCCCGGGGGCCCGGGCCAUGGAUGUGCGCCGUCUGAAGGUGAACGAACUUCGCGAGGAGCUGCAGCGCCGCGGCCUGGACACUCGAGGCCUCAAGGCCGAGCUUGCUGAGCGGCUGCAGGCGGCGUUGGAGGCCGAGGAGCCUGACGACGAGCGGGAGCUCGACGCCGACGACGAACCGGGGCGACCCGGGCACAUCAACGAGGAGGUCGAGACCGAGGGGGGCUCCGAGCUGGAGGGGACCGCGCAGCCACCGCCGCCCGGGCUGCAGCCGCACGCGGAGCCCGGCGGCUACUCGGGGCCGGACGGACAUUAUGCCAUGGACAGUAUUACCAGGCAGAACCAAUUCUACGAUACCCAAGUCAUCAAACAAGAAAACGAGUCAGGCUACGAGAGGAGACCACUGGAAAUGGAGCAGCAGCAGGCCUAUCGCCCAGAAAUGAAGACAGAGAUGAAGCAAGGAGCACCCACCAGCUUCCUCCCGCCUGAAGCUUCUCAACUCAAGCCAGACAGGCAGCAAUUCCAGAGUCGAAAGAGGCCUUAUGAAGAAAACCGGGGACGGGGGUACUUUGAGCACCGAGAGGAUAGGAGGGGCCGCUCUCCUCAGCCUCCUGCUGAAGAGGAUGAAGAUGACUUUGAUGAUACCCUUGUUGCUAUUGACACUUAUAACUGCGACCUCCACUUCAAGGUGGCCCGAGAUCGAAGUAGUGGCUAUCCGCUCACAAUUGAGGGCUUUGCAUACCUGUGGUCAGGAGCCCGUGCCAGCUAUGGGGUCAGAAGGGGCCGUGUGUGCUUCGAGAUGAAGAUCAAUGAGGAAAUCUCUGUGAAGCACCUUCCGUCUACAGAGCCUGACCCCCACGUGGUCCGUAUCGGCUGGUCCCUGGACUCCUGCAGCACCCAGCUAGGCGAAGAGCCUUUCUCCUAUGGCUAUGGAGGCACUGGGAAGAAGUCCACCAAUAGCCGGUUUGAAAACUACGGAGACAAGUUUGCAGAGAACGAUGUGAUUGGCUGCUUUGCGGACUUUGAAUGUGGAAAUGACGUGGAACUGUCCUUUACCAAGAAUGGAAAGUGGAUGGGCAUUGCUUUCCGAAUCCAGAAGGAAGCCUUGGGGGGUCAGGCCCUCUAUCCUCAUGUCCUGGUGAAGAAUUGCGCAGUGGAGUUCAACUUCGGACAGAGGGCAGAGCCCUACUGUUCUGUCCUCCCGGGGUUUACCUUCAUCCAGCACCUUCCCCUUAGUGAGCGUAUCCGGGGCACCGUUGGACCAAAGAGCAAGGCAGAAUGUGAGAUUCUGAUGAUGGUGGGCCUGCCUGCUGCUGGCAAGACCACAUGGGCCAUCAAACAUGCAGCCUCCAACCCUUCCAAGAAGUACAACAUCCUGGGUACCAAUGCCAUCAUGGAUAAGAUGCGGGUGAUGGGCCUACGCCGACAGCGGAACUAUGCUGGCCGCUGGGACGUCCUGAUCCAGCAGGCCACCCAGUGCCUCAACCGCCUCAUCCAGAUUGCUGCCCGCAAGAAACGCAACUAUAUCCUAGAUCAGACAAAUGUUUAUGGGUCAGCCCAGAGACGAAAAAUGAGACCAUUUGAAGGCUUCCAGCGCAAAGCUAUUGUAAUUUGUCCCACUGACGAGGACCUAAAAGACCGAACAAUAAAGCGAACCGACGAGGAAGGGAAGGAUGUCCCAGAUCAUGCGGUCUUAGAAAUGAAAGCCAACUUCACCUUGCCAGAUGUUGGGGACUUCCUGGAUGAGGUUCUGUUCAUUGAGCUGCAGCGGGAGGAAGCAGACAAGCUAGUGAGGCAGUACAAUGAGGAAGGCCGCAAGGCUGGGCCACCCCCUGAAAAGCGCUUUGACAACCGAGGUGGUGGUGGCUUCCGGGGCCGCGGGGGUGGUGGUGGCUUCCAGCGCUACGACAACCGAGGACCCCCUGGAGGCAACCGUGGCGGCUUCCAGAACCGAGGGGGAGGCAGCGGUGGAGGAGGCAACUAUCGAGGAGGUUUCAACCGCAGUGGAGGUGGUGGCUAUAGCCAGAACCGCUGGGGUAACAACAACCGGGAUAACAACAACUCCAACAACAGAGGCAGCUACAACCGGGCUCCCCAGCAACAGCCACCACCACAGCAGCCUCCGCCACCACAGCCACCACCCCAGCAGCCACCGCCACCACCCAGCUACAGUCCUGCUCGGAACCCCCCAGGGGCCAGCACCUACAAUAAGAACAGCAACAUCCCUGGCUCAAGCGCCAAUACCAGCACCCCCACCGUCAGCAGCUACAGCCCUCCACAGCCGAGUUACAGCCAGCCACCCUACAACCAGGGAGGUUACAGCCAGGGCUACACAGCCCCACCGCCUCCACCUCCACCACCACCUGCCUACAACUAUGGGAGCUACGGCGGUUACAACCCGGCCCCCUAUACCCCACCGCCACCCCCCACCGCACAGACCUACCCUCAGCCCAGCUAUAACCAGUAUCAGCAGUAUGCCCAGCAGUGGAACCAGUACUAUCAGAACCAGGGCCAGUGGCCGCCAUACUACGGGAACUACGACUACGGGAGCUACUCCGGGAACACACAGGGUGGCACAAGUACACAGUAGCCAGUGUGACCCAGAGGCUCCCGGAGGCCCCUGCCGGCUUCCUCCACCAGCGCCUGCCUCGGCCCCUCCUCUGCCCCCGCCAGAUCUGGUGGUGCUGGGGAUGGGGGUCAUCCCAGGGCUGCCUCCCUCCAGCCCACUGCCUUCCCUCUGAGGGGCUUCCUUCCCCUCCAUAGGGCCAGGCAUUUUUUUCUGGAUUCAAACAGGCAACAAUGACCUUUUAUUUUCUGUUUGUCCCCACCUCCCCAACCUUCCACCUCCUGUUCUUCCUACCUUCUUCCUUUUUGACUAAAUAAUCCCCGCCUCCCUUGAUCAUACAGUGAGGCUACAGUGACUGAGAGGAGAAUCCCCUCCUGUUCACUCUCCCAACCCCUGCUCCAGCCCCUCAGCUUCCCAGACCCUCAUGCAGUUGGUUGUAAAUUCUCCCAGGAGCUGUUUUACUGUCUACUUUUCAGGAUUAAAAAAAAUCAAAACUUAAAAAAAAAAAGUUUAAAAAGCAAAAUGGGGAGGGAGGAAGCAGUGACUUUUUUUUGGUAAUUAUGCGCUUUUUUUUAAUUUUUAGAAUUUGUCUGUUUUUACUGUGGGUCGGCUGUUGAUAUUUCAUCAAGAUAAGCAUUUCUUUCCUGAGUUCAGGUGACUGAGGAAGAGCCACAAAACAAAACACAACAAAACCAAACCACAGAAUCAUCUUUAACCCAACUUUUUAUACGAUGCCCAGUUCCCCAUAACUUUGCACACAAGCUUCUGUGUUCAGUUGAAUUGUAACUGCUUUUUGUAUUUGGAGAGAGUGUGACUAUUGAACUUGAAACCUUUUAUUCCGGGCGUCUUGGUAGUUUCUGGUGGGAUUCAGUGGGUGAGAGGGAAGAAGGGGAGGUUGGGGGGCUCCUUCCCUUCAGAACUUGAAGUUUCGCCCACUGCCUCCUCUCCAGUGGUCUCCCAGGUGCCAGACCCAAAAGCUUUUCCUACAGUGAUACCCUUUAUUUUUACUUCCCCUUGACUCAUAUGUUUUAACAUGAUUUUAACAAACUGCACUUAUUAAGAAAUGUGUUUGCCCUGUUU